AUGUUCGUGACGGCCGCGCCUCGCCAGCCGCAUCCCGCACCAGUUCCCCCUGACGCGACCUCGAGAUCAAAACAAGGUUGUUCCACGAGGUCUCCUGGUUCGGAACCGGUGCGCUUCGUGCUCCCAGCUGCUCGUGUCUGCGGCUGCUUCGCCAGGCGCCUAGUCAUUGGGCAGCCCCCGGGGGGUCCCUGCAGAGCGGAGGAUGUUUGUGCUUUCAGUUCUGAGCGGCACGCUUCUGGGAAGCCAGAUGCAUCGGAGGGCGGCGGCGACGGACAUGAUUACGAUGAUGAUGCGGAGGGCCGCCGCCUUGAUCAGCCUUGA